AUGCCGGAGGCGCCUGCUCCGUCCACGGCGCUAGCCGACGCGUCGACCGCGCCACCGGCCGAGAACGACGAACACUCUCUCAUCUGGGCAAUUCGCUGCCUCGAGUGUGACGUUGUCGAGAAAUUCCUCACUGAGGGUGUGUGCCCGCCCGCGGCCGCUGCCUCCAGCGCAUCCUUGCACGGCUCGCCUGCCAGCGGCGCCAUCCUCGAGCCCGCGCCAACCCGCGUAGGUGUGACCCAGCGCCACCUUGAUUGCGGGCUGCACGAGGUCGCGACUGGCGAGCGCCACUCGGUCGUGCACCAGGAGGCGCGGCUGCAGAUAGCGACGCGGCUCGUCGAGUGCGGCGCCGACCCCGACAACCGGCAGCAUGGGUGCGGAGGCACCCCGCUCCACCACACGCUUGCGGGCGGCUACGUCGAGCUCGUCGAGUUCCUGCUCGACGCGCGGGCGGACGUGAACGCCGCCAACCGAUACGGGGUGCACCCGCUGCACAUCGCCGUCAAGCGCGAGUACACCGACUGCAUCGCGUGCCUGAUGUCGCACGAGCUGCCGCUCGACAAGGUCAAGGAGGAGCUCGGCUGGGCCGUCCAGUACGAUUUGGGCGACGCC